AUGCCGCUCCCAGCAAAGCCUCUCGACGCCAUUAGCCAGGCAUUCCCUCCCAAGCCUCAUUUCACAGAGUCCAAUGUCCCUGAUCUCACAGGAAAGGUCACCAUUGUCACUGGAGCAAACACGGGUGUUGGUCGCGAGAUCGCCCAGGUUCUCUACAGCAAGAAUGCUACUGUCUGGGUAGCUGCCCGUAACGAAAAGAAAGGGCUCGAUGCUAUUGAGGGCAUCAAGGAGCAGCACCCUGCAUCCAAGGGUUCCAUCAAGUUUCUAAAGCUUGAUCUUGCAGAUUUGACAACCAUCGGGCCCUCGGCCAAGGAGUUUCUUGCACAAGAGACCAAACUCGAUAUUCUGUUCAACAAUGCUGGCGUCAUGACCCCGCCAGAGGGUUCAACGACAGAGCAAGGAUAUGAACUCCAACUUGGAGUCAAUUGUCUGGGUCAUUUCUUAUUCACCAAGCACCUCACCCCUCUCCUUCAGUCAACUGCCAAGUCGGCGCCCAAGAACUCUGUCCGUGUGAUUUGGGUGUCAAGUUCAGCCGCCGAUGUGCUGUCGCCUAAGAACGGAUUUGAACGUGAUAAUCUUGAUUAUCAUCAGCCGCGAAACCUGAUGCACAAGUAUGCUACAAGCAAGGCCGGCAAUUACUACCACAACACCGAAUUUGCCAGGAAAUACAAGACUGACGGUAUCGUCAGCGUGUCUCUUAACCCUGGCAACCUAGCAAGUGAACUGGACCGUACUUCGCCCUGGUACAUGUAUUAUCCCAGAAUGUUCACCACAUAUCCUUCCAUCAACGGCGCUUACACGGAACUGUUUGCUGCCUUUUCGGAAGAAAUAACCAUUGAAAACUCUGGUAUCUGGGUGGUUCCGUGGGGCCGUUUCAUGCCCAUCCGCCCCGACGUGCAAAAGGGAGCUUUGCCCGAGUCUGAAGGUGGUACUGGCAUGGCAGAAUUCUUUUGGAACUGGUCUGAAGAGCAGAUCAAGCCGUACUUUAGCACCUAA